AUGCUGGCUCAACUUGUAGCUGACGUGUGUCCGUCGUCGGCCUCUUUCUUCGGCUUUAUGGGCGUUGCAUCUGCCCUAGUAUUUGCCAACCUUGGAGCAGCGUACGGCACCGCCAAAUCUGGCGUGGGUAUUGCGUCGAUGGGUGUGAUGCGGCCUGAGCUUGCGAUGCGUAAUAUUAUUCCGGUCGUCAUGGCUGGUGUGCUUGGUAUCUAUGGUUUGAUUGUUGCGGUGAUCAUUCAGGGCUCGAUUGACCCACCGAAUGGCAACUCACCAAAAUACGGCUCGUACUCGGGCUUUGCACACUUGGCUGCUGGCUUGUGUUGUGGUCUUAGUGGACUAGCCGCCGGCAUGGCCAUUGGCGUGGUUGGUGAUGCAGGCGUGCGCGCUGUGGGUCAGCAGGAAAAGCUGUUUGUGAACAUGAUUCUUAUCUUGAUUUUUGCGGAGGCUUUAGGUCUUUACGGUUUGAUUGUCGCGCUGAUCCUUUCUCAGAAGAAGAGCGACUGCCCUUCAGAGUAA